UCGGGCUUCGAUUGCUGAAUUACCUCACAAAACUUGUCGUCUUGAGCGGAAUAGUUUUUAUCGAGUUUGUCCCGUAAUAUUUGAGAAGGUCUAAUUUUUAAAGGGAAUUUUUUCGGGUGUCAUUAAAUGUGCGAACCUUGAGAUUUUGGCAAUUUUUAUAACGGAGAAAGUUGUGAUCGAAAUGGUUACUGGGCAAUUUUGUGUGUGGACGGGACCGAGAAGACGGAGACGCGCAUCGGGAUGGUUGCUCACCUUGAACAUUAUCUGUAGUGUUAUGUUCCCGGUGGAAACAUUUGCGACUGCACCCACCAUGAAUCAUGAUUACAGCACAUAUCAACAGAAUCAGAGGCCGCCCCAGUUUCAGCACAUUCUUCAAAGCAAUUGGAGAGAUCGUCAAUGGCCGACCGGGGUCUCGUCAAUCUCGCAAACUUUCCCCAGCCCGGAAAGACCAGUAAAUUCUUUCACCGUGCCAAAUGUGGCAUACUUGCCAAGUCCCAAGUCUGGGAACAGACGAUUUUGGAGACCUAAUACAAAAUACGGAUUGAAGAAGAAGAAGAGUUGCGAUGGGAGGGGAAAUUUCCUUCAAGAUCUCGGAGUGCUGGCGAUCGUCUCCGGGGCGGUGGGGACGGUGAUGGGAAUUUUCUCCGCUUCGUACUACUCCGUCGUGGGGAACACCAUUUCCAUCAUUAGUGGAAUUCUAAGUUACGUUACAGGCAUCCCGAGUGCAAUUAUUACAUAUUUGGCAGCAUCUGACCGUCUGAGUUACACCAUCGCGAAUGUCCUCAGUAUUCUCUCCCUGGCCAAUACUGCUUACAGCUUCUGGAGCGUGGACUUUGGGAACAAGGACAUUUUUACGAGUCAGGUGGCAAAUGUGAUCGGGGUAUUUUCCCUCGUUUUGAGUGUAAUUACUGCAUUUCCUGAAGUUUUCGACACCCUUCUUUACGAGUUCACUUCAAAGGAUCCCGUCAAGAGGCGAGAAGUUUACCGAUUUUUAAACAACUAUGGAUGUUCCGGGGACAAUCCGACGACCUUUUACGACUUGACGCAGGAUCUGAUCCGUGAAUUUACAAAAGAUCUAUGACAAGGGGACUAUUGAACUUAUUUUAUUAAUUAUCUUAUUUACCUAGAUCAGCACCAUUAUGUAAUAUGUUGACUUGACUUUUAAAAUAAAUUUGUACGAUGGAUUUUCA